UCUAUGUGCGUGUGCCCGUGUAUUUUUCCAUGCAGUCAAACCGGUUCGCCUGCCAUUCUAAUGAGUUCCCUCAGGGCCCAUGGAGAUGUUUGAUGACAUUCACUUUAGCGUUCAUUACACAGAAGUGUCCAAGUUCUCAUUUGAGAACACUACCGGAGCACACCAAGGUGUCAAAACAAACUCUUAGAACUAAUAGGAUUAUACACAUCUCAAAAAAAAAUUGGGGAUUUCUUUUCUCGCACAGCGAGCCAGAGCAAAUGGACCAGGGAUCAAACUGGUGCGGCGAGGAAGAUGACAUCACAGACGAGACCACAUCUCUGAUAGAGGAAGAGCAUUCUAUUGAGGAUGAUGUUGAGAGCUCAGACAACCAGACAAACUGUAUAGGCCCACCUCCACCCUCUGUGCCCACCUACAAACAGAGGUGUGAGGAGUUCCGGAGGUUAUUCAAAGACCUGGCGAGCUCUGAUAGACUUCUGCUUGACUACCCGUGCGCUCUCCAGCGAGACAUACUCCUGCAGGGACGCCUCUACCUCACCCACAACUGUCUGUGUUUCUACAGCAAUGUCUUCCGUGGCACUAAGAUUAGCCUGGCCCUCAAAGACAUCAGCCACAUGACCAGGGAGAAAACCGCAAGGCUAAUACCCAACGCCAUUCAGUUUUGCACCAACAAGGAGAAGCUGUUCUUCACUUCCUUUUCGGCAAGAGAGAAAAGUUACAACGGGGUUUUCCGCUUGUGGCAGAACGCAUUGCUGGACAAGCAGCUGACUAACACAGAAGUUUGGCAGAUGGUCAGGCAGCACUAUGGAAAUGACCUGGGACUGAGCCAUGAAGAGAUGGAGAGCACACAGUUUCAUGCAGACUUAAGCAUGCAGAGCAGCCUGACUGCGAGGACUGGUGGAGAUGACGGUUGUUUGGCAAAAUUUGAGCGGAUGCCCUCCAUUCGACUUCCUGGACAGGAGUUGCCCUCCUUGGAAACCGAAGAAUUCCCUUCUGCCAAUGCUUCUCCUGCCGAGGAGGAGCGCCGUGUCUCGCUGACUCUCCGCCGCAGUCCCGUUCCAACUCCGGAGCGCUCGGCACCAGAGCCAUUCCCGAGGCAUUCGUCACCUUCCCAGGAAGAUGACCGCGUGUCUCAGGGGACCGGCUCAGAGAGCGUGGAAGAAGCGGAAGAGCGAAUUGGACUGCCGCAAGAACAGGGUCGCCUAUACCUCAACAAGGUCUUCCAUGUGAGCGCUAGCCGGAUGUUUGAACUGCUUUUCACAGAGUCUGCCUUCAUCCGCCGCUUCAUGAAUGUUCGAAAGAUAACCAAUCCACAAUUUGCGGCGUGGCAAAACGACCCAUCGGGCGACAUGAAGAGGAGUCUGAACUACACCAUAACCAUCAGUAACCCUUUGAUUGGCAAAUUCUCCACUGCGACAGAAAAUCAGACACUGUACAAAGAGUCACGGGACGGUGAAUAUUACUUGGUGGACUCCGAGGUGUACACGCACGACGUCCCCUACCACGACUACUUCUACACACAGAAUCGCUACUACAUUAAAAGUCACAGCAAGCGCAAAUGUCGACUCAAGGUUUAUACUGAUGUGAAGUACAAAAAGCAGCCGUGGGGUCUGGUUAAGUCCUUCAUCACUAAGAACUCCUGGAGUGGCAUUGAAGAUUAUUUUAGACAACUGGAAGCUGAACUUCUGGAGGAGGAAGCCGAGAUCAACUCUGGAGCGGCGGAAUCUUGCAAGGUCGGCGUGCGGCGGAGGCGGCGGACGUUCAGCCGGACGAUGCCGGAGCACAAAAAGCCCAAAAAGCAUUAUGGCCAAUCGCCUGAAUUACUUCGAGAUGGCAAAAUGGGCCCGGCGGAGAUGAAUAAUUCAUACGGAUGGAGCAUCUCGGCCAUCGUAGCAGCAAUGAGUUUGAUUUUGCUGAUCGUGGCGGUGCUAAACGUAGGCUUGUUCGUCAAGUUAUGGGCCAUGGAGGACAUAGCCCACCGCAUGUACUUGACCACAAAGCAUCGCCUGAGAGAAAGGGCCGAGGCCAGCAUGGUGCCCGAGUACCCUUCAAAGCAGUUUUCUCCAUUCAAGAGCAGAGAGGAUGUGCAGCUGCUCAGAACUGUACUUCAGGACUCAAUUAACCUUUUAGAGCAGCUUCGUCGUUCUCUAAUACUGCUGCAACAGAGCUUUGCGUUGGCCAAUCAAACAGCGGUUCCACUUUGACACAUAGCAGGUGUUGUGUGUCCAUCUCGUGUUUUUAUUUCUAUCGACUGACCUCUUGAAAAGUGCCUUUUUGUGUGUGUGUCACACACACCAAAUAUUUUAUUUUUUUUUGUUUUAUUGUCAAAAAGUGAAUCAUUAUUUAAUGUCUUUGUUUACAAGUUUGCACAUUUUUAAUUUUUUGCACAAGGGCCUUGAACCCAGAAUGUGUUUUAUGAAUUUCUUAGAAUAAAUCGGAUUAUUUGAAUCCUAUUUUUGAUUUUGUACAAAUUUAGCCGACUGUUUUGUUCAAGAAUUUGCUGUAUGGCGCACGUCAUGAAUGCACGUUAUUGCUGAACACUUUUGGGUAAUUGUUCAAUUUUUCUUGUUAAAUUUUGCUGCCUCCACUGUUCUGUUUUGGCCACUUUUGGUGCACUUCUUACACCAAUCAAUAAACGAUAACGUU